AUGGCUCAAAGCCGUGAGGAAGCUGAAGACGGCAUGGCACGCCUCCUGGCGAGGGCUAAGGAGCUACGAGCGGAGUGUCAGAGACUCGACACUGACAUUCUAGGCCUGCGUGUACGAAAGGCGAAGGCUUCAGAAGGCCUCGAGAAUGUCGAGGUCCAGUACAUGAGUCUAGCACGCUCGUUGUUAGCUUCAACAGAGCGUUCAAGCAUAGCUGCUACAACUCCGCAGGACAUUACCGUACUUGCAACUACACCGACGUCCGCACGCUCUGGCCACCCCACCCCGUCCGCCGCUGCAAUCGACCCUGAGGAUGAUGCCGCAAGCGUUGUCAUUGUGGCCGCAGCCGAACGCACCAGCACCGACGACACCCAACCCGACGCAGCCUUACAGUCGACCGUGACCGACAACUCGAUCAUCCACCAAAACUUCCCCACCGUCGUUUACUACGACGGCGUCUGGAAGGAGCUCUCAUGCGGCUUCUGCUCCACUAACUUCAACCUCGUCUCGCGGCACUACUUCCAGGGCGUCAGAGGGCUUCACCAGCACUACCUGCACACGCACAGAGCCGAUCUUAACGACUCCUCCUUAAAGUCGUGCAUCCCGCAUUACCGCCGUCGCAGCGUCUCCGGCGCCGAUGUGGCGCUUAUGCGCGCCGGGCUACAGCCAACGGACGUAUCAAUCAAGCGGCAGAAGCCGGAUGGUUUGCAGGAGAAUAGUACCACCAGCGGAAAAGGUAAAGGGCACAGCCACGAUCAACAAGUAGCCCAGUCGACGCAGAAUCAGGCUCCGCAGAAUAUGAAUGUGAAGCUCGAGCGUGCUGAAGACGAUCCGAUCAACGAUGGUAAUGCGGCGGCGUUGAUUGCGCUCAAGCUCCCAGUCAAGCAGGUGACCGAGUACGAGGUCUUUCAGGGCCUUGAGGCAGAGGCAAUGGCGGCCGGGCAAUCGGCGGGAAGGAAGAGGAACAAUAAGAAGCGCAGGAUGCCAGUGGCUUCCUAUCUGGACGACGCUGAGUACUACGAUGGUGAGGAGAUGCAGUUCUAG